AUGAAUACAACAGAUAAAUUAGAUGAUCGAAUUAUGCACAGAUCAAUAUCAAACGAAACAUCAUUUUACUUAUGGUGGAUACUAAUUGGAAUAUUUUCUUCAUUUCUAAUUACUGAAUUAAUAUCUCCAGCUUUAUCAAGAAUCUAUUGUAAAUCUUAUGAAAGUAUUUCACGUAAACAAUAUCUAGAAUGGAACGCAAGAUGGCUAUCAACAGUGCAUUCCAUCUUCAUUUUACUGAUCAGUUUCUACUGUUUACUAUUUAACAAGAAAAUGCAUGAAGAUAAAUUCUUGUAA